UGGUAGCCCGAGGCGGCUGCGCACGUUGCCAUGGAGACCAUUUUACGUUAACUGGUUUGUAGUUUUUUUUUUAUAACCCCGGUGGCCUCGUAACUGCGGGGGGCCGCUCUUUCCCCAUUCUCUCUGGGUUUCCUGCGGCCGGGAGGCCUCGGCAGGCCCGGAGAGUCUGGCUUAGGGGUCUGCGUCGCCCUGUGGGGGGCGGGGGAGGGGCGUGAUGGCUGCGGAAGAGGAGGACGAAGUGGAAUGGGUGGUGGAGAGCAUCGCCGGGUUCCUGAGAGGCCCAGACUGGUCCAUCCCCAUCCUGGACUUUGUGGAGCAGAAAUGUGAAGUUUUUGAUGAUGAAGAAGAGAGCAAAUUGACCUAUACAGAGAUUCAUCAGGAAUACAAAGAACUAGUUGAAAAACUGUUAGAAAAUUACCUCAAGGAAAUUGGAAUUAAUGAAGAUCAGUUUCAAGAAGCAUGCACUUCUCCUCUUGCAAAGACACAUACAUCUCAGGCUAUUUUGCAACCUGUAUUGGCAGCAGAAGAUUUUACUAUCUUCAAAGCAAUGAUGGUCCAGAAAAACAUUGAAAUGCAGCUGCAAGCUAUUCGAAUAAUUCAAGAGAGAAAUGGUGUACUACCUGACUGCUUAACUGAUGGGUCUGAUGUGGUCAGUGACCUUGAACAAGAAGAGAUGAAAAUCCUGAGAGAAGUUCUUAGAAAAUCAAAAGAGGAAUAUGACCAAGAAGAAGAGAGAAAGAGGACAAAACAGUUAUUGGAAGCUGAAGCAGAAGAACCCUCAGUGCAUACUGGUGAGACUGCAAAAGCGAGUAAUUCCCAAGGAAGGGGCAGACAUUCUUCACCCUCACCCCCAGAAGUGAAUUUUGCUCAUCAGUCAGCAAGAAAGAUGGAACCAUUUUCUGACACUUCCUCUUUCACACAAAAAGGCCUGAAGAUUCCUGGUUUAGAACAUGCUGGCAUUGAAGGACCAAUAGCAAGUCUGUCAGCACUUGGAGCAGAAGAGCUGAGGCAACGAGAACACUAUCUCAAGCAAAAGAGGGAUAAAUUGCUUUCUAUGAGAAAGGAUUUAAGGACUAAGCAGAUCCAGAAUGUGGAACAGAAAGGAAAACCUACUGGCGAGGUAGAGGAAAUGCCAGAGAAACCAGAAAUGACAGCAGAGGAGAAGCAAACAUUACUAAGGAGGCGAUUGCUUGCAGAGAAACUUAAAGAAGAAGUUAUUAAUAAGUAAUAAUUAAAUAGCAAACCAGAAGUCCAAAUUUUCUUAAAAAUAAAUUACUUAAUCCACAAACUAUUAGUUUGAAGUACAUACUUCUGUAAAUGCAAAUAUAAGCACAUUAUUUUAAAUAUUUGCAGUAGAAAGGCAAUAUGGAAGGCUGUUAACUUAUUAGUUUAAUACAAAUUCCAUGAUGUUUAAAAAGAGAGGGUAAGGAAAGAGACUAAUAGUUUAUUAUUCUAAUUUGACACUUAAGUCAGGCAUUAUAUGCUAUGUACUAAGAUUAUAGUUAUAAAUGAGAUUGACUGGGUCCCUGGUUUCAUGAGGCUAAUAGAAAAGGUCCCAAAAAUGGUUAGAAAGGAAAGGCACAUGGUUAAAAAGCUGGCUAAACCUCCUUCAGUUAGUGAUGUUUUAAGCUGAUUGGAAGGGUAUAUACAUGGACAAUAGAAGUUUGUAACUCACGACCCCAGGCAGGAGAUAAGACCUGCAGAAUAUGAGUAUACAGGGUUAGUAUAUGAACUUAAGAGGUAGGUGAGAUCCUGUAGAACUUUGUA